UGAUUAAAAUGAUUUUGCCGCUAAUAAUGUUAUUUGCGCUGAGCUCGGGGCACGAGAUCACGCAGCUGCAGGUGCCGCUGCACGCGGACCCGCGGCGCGCGGCCGAGCUGCGCUGCGUAUUCCGCAUGGCGGGCCAGCGCCUGCACUCCGUCAAGUGGUACCGCGACCUGCACGAGAUCUUCCGCUACAACCCCUCGCAGAAGACGCAGAUCCGUCUGUUCAACGUGACGGGCGUGAUGGUGCAAGGUGGCGCGUGCGAGACGCAGCGGUGCGAGGCGGGCGGCGGCGGCGGCGGCGCGGGCGCGUGCGAGCAGCGGUGCGAGGUGCGCGUGAUGCCGCCGCCGCAGGCCACGCGCGCCGCCUACACCUGCGAGGUCUCCACCGAGGGACCCAUGUUCCAGAUCGCGAGGCAGACCAAACACAUGACCGUUGUCGGUGAGAAUUAG